AUGUCCUCCCCACAACCAGGAGAUGUCGAAAACGCAGGAGUGGAACAUGCCUACGAUACUCAAUUUCUGUCAGACUCGGUGCCUACGCGUUCAAUAUACUCGAUGACCCGCGAAGAGAUCACAAAGGGUCUUGCAAAUCGGUUCGUGCACUCGAGGGCAUACAUUAUUCUCUAUCUUGCCAUGGCGGCAUUGUCCGUCACCACCGUUGCCCUGAGUUUAGUGAACGGAUGUCCAACGCUGCCCUUCUAUAUCUUGGAACUGAUCAUCAACGGCGCAAUGAUCCUCGAGGUCUCUGUGCGUUUUGUGGCGUUUGGUCGGCAAUUUUGGACGUCAAUAUUUAACGUGAUGGACCUCGUAUUAACCAUUUUUUGCGUUAUCACUUUGCUUGUGAUAUUUUUCGCAGGAUGUGGUAGCACAAGUAAGGAAGAAGAGCUGCUUGAUACACUCCUCCUCGUGGCUCGAAACGUCCUUCAAUUUGGCAGGUCUGGGCAGUCGAUAUUUUCUCGGCCCAAACCUAUCGAUUUGUCUGCGAAUCGCCGGAGAGGAUACACCCUUGAUAUCGACAUGGAAGACGAAGAAGUGGAUGACGAGCUUGGGCGGCCCCUCAUUCGUGAUGCAAUAGUGUUCGAUGCCGAUGAUUCUUCAUCUGCCUCUCGAGUUCUAUCUUCCAGCCAGUCACAAGCGACGAAAGUGGCACAGGGUCGAGACGAAGAUGUGUGGGCUGAUUUGGGCUAG